UAUAGCGGAGCUGCCGGGCAUGUGAGGCAGAGGUGGGCCGAGGCUGCUGGCUGCUGCCUUGUGCGGGGCUUCCCCGAGGCUCCAGUCAGCUGCGUGCUUCUGUGCCAGCGCCUUCUGGCUUCGGAGCGACGGCUGCCGUGCCGUGAGUUGGUCUUCCUCAGGGAAGCCAGGGAAGCCCAGGCCAGGGCGGUGGCAGCAGGUUGUAGUCGUCUACAAAACCUGUUGGAGUCGCUCCUGUCACCCGUUAGCCGGGCAGCGAAGAGGCCUUAGCCCUCAGCGCCCGUCGGGUGGGCAGUGCGGCCUACCGCAUUUGGGACCCCCCUUGCUUGGGUAGGGAGGCCUUGAGUCCUUAGCGCCCAUCGGCUUGGCAGCAAGGCCUACGGCCCCCUCAGCAGGGCAGCGAAGAGGCCUUAGUCCUCAGCGCCCGUUGGCUAGGCAGUGAGGCCUACUGCGUUUGCGCCCAACGACAGGGCAGCAAGGAGGUCUUAGUCCUCAGCGCCCCUUGGCUUGGCUGCGAGGCCUACCGCCUUUGCGUCCUUGCCUGGGCAGGGAGAUUUGGGGCCUUUGGUCCCCUUGGCAGGGAAGGGAGUCCUCUCACCUUUGUGCUCUUGGGUGGUAGAGGCUAGACCUUCCACUUGUGGUUUCGUGCUUUGUGCUUCUUGGCAGGGCAGCGAGGGCCUCUCAGUUUCUGAGGACCUUUUGUGCUCUUAAGAUGGCCACCUCUACACGGCCUCCCAGCCCUAUGCAGUCACUUCGGGAAGAAGCAGUGUGUGCCAUCUGUCUGGAUUAUUUUAAGGACCCCGUGUCCAUUGGCUGUGGGCACAACUUCUGCCGAGGGUGUGUGACCCAGCUGUGGGGCAAGGAAGAUGAGCAGGACCGGGAACAGCCUGCUGUGCAGGAGCGCGUCAUCCGGGAGGUUUUGUUUCCUAGGUACACCGAGCAGGAGCAGCACAGAGCACAUGCAGGACAGUGGGUCGGUCAUAGCCAUAGACAGCAUCAGGGCAAUGCAAACUCUGAGUGGGAUGACGAGGAAGAAGACAGGAACAGUUUACAAGGAUUGGUUCAUGACCUGAGAAUUAGGGUUUUUCCAGAAGAGAGAGAUGAACCCCCCCACAAUGGCCACCAGUACCAUCGGUUUGGUCGCUACCGCCAUCGCCACCGCCACCCUCCAAUCUUCCACCGUGGUCCCCCACAUCCGCCUGUGCGUCGGCAGCUCUAUCCAGACGCCCGGGUUCCUUCUCCACAUGCCCAGGUUCCUCCUCCACAUGCCCAGGUUCCUUCUCUACCUCGGCCCACACCACAGGUCUUCAGCUGCCCGCAAUGCCGAAGGACUUUUCCAAGUCGCAGUUUUCGACCCAAUUUGCAGCUGGCCAACAUGGUCCAUAUAAUUCGCCAGAUUUGCCAUACUCCAUGAAGCUUGCAAAGCUUGUGCUCUAAAUAUGAGGAAACCCUGGAGCUCUUCAGUAAGGUAGAAAAAAAGCCCAGGUGUAGGUGUGUCUAGAUUCCUGGUACUACAAAAAUAUGAAUGUAGUGCCAUUGGAUGAAGUAUUUAAAGAAAACAAGGAACAAAACAAAACAAAACAAAAAAAACUGAGAAACUUAUAGUACAUUUCAGUCUCAGUGCUAUCCCAGUUUUGGGGAGGAAUUAAAAAAUUCAAAAUUUCAUUAGUGCCUGCAGCUUUAAAUUGGAAAGAGUAGUUGUAUUUAGCUCAGUAGUAGCAGAAUGAUUGUUUGCCUAGCAUGCCCCCAUUUUCCAAUUUAUUUUGAAUUAAUGACUAUCAAGGUUCAGUUUUAGGAAAUAUUACUCCUUUGUUGCUAUUAGCAGAGAAUUUAUUUGUGGGAACGAAGAAAACUGCUUUGCUUAGCUUCAAAAUUAGGCUUUCAGAACUGAAUGUUUUCAUGAGCCUGGUAUUUGAAUACUUAGAAGAUUUUUGAGGUUGUUAUUAGCUGAUUUGGGAACAUACUUUAUAGGAAUCUAUGUCAAUAGUUUUAUAGUAAUGUCAGAUUUUUAGCUAAAGUUGAAAAGUUGUCAAGAUACACUGUGCUAUCUGUGGAUUGCUUUGGAAAUCUUCAGGUUUUUGUCACUAUAAGCUAAGGAAGAAUAUGCUUAGUUCAGAUUUGCUUUUGAAGAUAGGGAGAUCUUUCAAUGUUUUUGUUGGAUCUAAAGUUCCUUAGUCAUUAAAGAGAACUGCAUUCAGCAUUUGGACAACAAUUCCAAUAUUAGGGAACCAAUGAAAAGUUGAAAUGGAAAAUAUGAAACUUUGAAAAAUUGAAACUUUCACAGAAAUUCAGUGGCCCUGAAAAUGGCAGUAGGCAAAUAUUAACAUUUUUGUUGUGAAGUAUUUAAAGCAAAACUUGCCAAAACCAGGUAUAUAGGUAUAUGUUUACUGAUUCUUAUAAAAAUUGCCUAAUUUUGUUGGCCAAGAACCAGAUUUAUGAAUAUUAUAUCUUUAAAUUUAAGUUAAUAUACAAAAUAAUGGAUUUCAUUAUGAGGGUUUCAUACUUGAAUAUCAUUGUACUUUGCUCAUAUUUGCCGCCUCUAUCAUACUUUCCUCCCAACUAGUCUCUAUUCAUAUCACAUGAUGUCAGAUACAAAAAAUUACUAAGCCUAAAUUCUAAAGGAUUUUUCCAUUGUUUUUCACCAUUACCCUUUCUUGCAACCCUAUCCUUCUUCCCUUUAGAGCCUCGUUUUCCUGGGUAGUCCCCAUUCAAUGCUAUUUCAAGGAAACAAAAAUAAUAUUCAGAAAUACUUUAGGUGGUGUGUUUGUAACAAGUUAAAAAUCUGUGUGUGGUAGCUUUGAGAGGAUAAAUGUGUUUCACCUUGUCCAGUUUUUACUGAAUAGGUGCAAAAAGACUGGAUAAGUCUUACUGUUUUGACUAGAAACUUAAAGAGAAACUUGUGUGUAAACUUUAAAUGCAGAUAUACAUUGCAUUUAUUUUUCAGUUUUCUUAUGUUUUUCUGUUCUUAUUUUUCCCUUGCUUUGUUUAACUGGAAGGAAACUGUUAAUGCCUUGUUAAAAGUGACUUAAGUUUUAUUGUAUUUUAUACAGUAUCCAAUAAAGACAAAUUUAAGUUUCACAGUG